CUCACUGUGCUCCAGUAGACACUGGGUUAAAGCAGCAGCUGUUAGAUUAGUGAAAGCUCCAUCAUGAAGCUGGUCAUUGUGCUGUGUGUGAUGUUCCUGGCUGUGUGUGAGUCUCGCACCAUGAGCCGCUGUGAGGUCGCUCGCGCCUUCAAGGCUCAGGGACUCGAUGGCUUUGAGGGAUUUGCACUCGGCAACUACGUGUGCAUGGCAUUCUGGGAAAGCAAGUGGAAGACCCACAAGGUGCGGGAGAGUGAUGAUUCAGGCAAGGACUAUGGCAUCUUCCAAAUCAACAGCUUCAAAUGGUGCCAAGAUGGCACUGCGAACGGACAGAACCUGUGCAGAGUGCCCUGUGGAGAUCUGCUGAAUGAUAAUCUGCAGGCCUCGGUUGAGUGUGCCAAGCUCAUCGUGAAGAGAGAGGGGCUUAAGGCAUGGGACACCUGGGACAAGUACUGCAAUGGCAGGAAGCUGUCUCGCUGGGUGAAAAGCUGUGAUGUGUAGUUGUGAAUGGCUGGAAUCUUCAUCCUGCAGAAGGAAAAUCAUAAAGCAGAAAUGCUACAUGAUUUUUUUUUUUACACAUUUCUUAAUUUUAUUAUGAAUUUGAAGGAUUCUUUGUGAAUAUGUUUAGGGCUAACCCACAUUGAUUUAAAAUAAAUGUAUUGAUUAAUGCAAAGUGAACCUAUAACAAAGCUUCAAUGAGUGAACUUCAAUAAAAUAAAGUUUUUUCACUUUUAGAA